GGCGAUCACCUUUAGUUCGAUUUCGAACCUUCAGGUGAACGGUUUGGGCUUUUCUGGCCAGCGAGAUUUAAAACGUAGUUGAAACGAACCGGAAUUUGGCUCCGCGAAAAAAGAAACGACAAAACAGCUUCCUGAACAGCUUCUGGAAGGUGUCGGAGGAGACGCAGUGGAAUUGCACACGGUGAAGUCGGAUCGCGCAGCUACGCGUGCUGAAGUGUGGAGUUCUGCAUGUGAAAUUGGGAGAAAGGUAUCGCGCGCGUUGGGAGGUAGAGUGAUCCUUACGAAAAUUCGAUUGCGACUCAAGUGCCUCCAGAAACUGGAAAAUUGGAACAAGUCCGAGUCGUCGGUGUGCAAUUCGGAUCAAGUGCAGCAGUACACAUCGGUUUGGGAGGUUCGGAGCAAACAAGAUGCAAAAGUGCUACCAAGAGCGCAGACCAAGCUGGAAAGCACAAGGAAAAGUGUUGUAAACAAGUGAAAGAUCGCGAGGAGAAAAGUGAGCGGUUUUUUUUUCGUUUACGAUUUUCGGGGGAGCAUUCCGCGAACUACCGAGCAAUAAAAAAAAGAGGUGAUUCGCGAGAGAACAACUCCAGGCGAGUAGAGUGAUUAGAAGAAGUUUCGUAACAUAGCCAAGUGACCACCAGUGUUGGGAAUCAGAGAAAGAGAAAAACGUGGAGAACAAGUGCGAAUUUUCGGAUUUACUCACAUUGGAGAAAAGCAAAGGAAAGGAAAAAAUCAUAAAAAGCAAGAAGAGUGCGAAUGUAAGUGAAUUACUGAAUUGUGAACGGUUGUUUGGUGGCGUGGAUUUAAAAAAUUGCUCCAGAAAACUGCAGACUGAUGAGGAUUGAGAAAUAAAUAACAAACUGCGAACUGAAGGCGAACAACGAGAGUGAAGCAAUUGGGCCUCAAGCUUAUGUUCAGAAAGGCGACGACUGCAAAAGGCUCAAACAAUCGAAAUCAAAGAAAAGCACAACAACAACAAUCACAGAUAAUGAUUGCAUAAGUGCGGGGACCUGAAACAAUUUCGGCGGAAAAGAAAAACAGUUUUGACGGGAAAAACGAACGAAAGAAAGUUCAAAUCAGUGAAACACACAAAAAAAAAGUGAAUAACAAUAAAUUUGUUAUUGUGAACACAGUGUUGAGGUCGAUUUUCUCGGAAAUUCUGGGACCUACCGAUGGAGGGCGAAAUGGACGGAGCUGGUUCCUGCUACGGCGGCGGUGACAUCGCCGGGGCCAUCUUCGGGACCCUGCUGGCGGUCGUGCUCGUGGCCGUGCUCGGCUGGUGGCUCUACAAGAAGGGAUACGUCCUGAAACGCAAAGAUUCACAACUGGUCCCGGAGGAUCCCGAGGGCAAGAAGGACGAGUAUGCGUUCGACAAUCCGGCCUUCAAGACGGGCGAGCCGGGAACCGGCACCACGUCGGGCAAGACCAGCUCCCCGUUGGAUCCCAGCUGGACGUCGACCACAACCUCGGCCAAGCAGAACAGCCUCGACAAGCGGAAAACCGUCGACGACAGUUGCAUCAACACGACCACCCCUCGGUUGGUGUCCCUGCGCGGGUCGGACUUCACCGGACUCGGCGUGGAGGUGCACGGCGGCCUCAAGGAGGGCAUUUUCGUGAAGAAAGUCAUGCCUCAGGGCCCGGCGGCUGGUUUCAUAAAUACAGGUGACCGAAUCACCAGCAUCACCAUUGACUUCCGGCACAUCGUCCAGGAGGACGCAAUGACGAUCCUGAGCUAUGCCUCACCUUACAACGUCCAGCUGGAGCUGGUCAGCGGCGAGAAGCUUCCCCACACGCAGAGCCCGAAGCCCGGUCACCAGGCACUGACGCAUCCUCUGGUGAGAUCCAGCAGCCAAUCGGACAUGAACACGAUUGAACGCAACUCCCGGAAGAAGCUGUUCCCUGGGGACGAAUCCGGCACCGCAACGCUCAAGAUGGAACAACCCAGCCCGAACAACCUGAACAAGGUCCUGCCGACGGUGCACAAGGAGAACGAGAAAGAACCCAAGAAGCACUCGUUCAAGCAGCAGAUGCGAGAGAUGAUCGAGGAGAAGUUCCAAACCAAGUCCGCUAACACCGAUGUAGAACGUAAGGAUUCGAACGCAGCUGAAGGCAAGAAGGGUCACAAGUUCGGAAUUCGAGUGUUCCCACCAUCCGUGAACGACAAGCUGUUCGGCAGAAGUCCGACCAAGAUUCAGGCCGACAACGAGAACAACACCAACAUUGAAAAGAAGGAAUCGGACGAGAAAAAGGAAAAGUCUCCUUCGCCACCGGUUGUAAAGAAGCGCACCAAGGAACCCAAAUCGAUUCCGGACGUGAUCGUCGUUGAAUCCGCCACGAUCAACAGCACCUCGGUCCCAAUGGAGUUCCAACGCCAGGGAAGCCUAACCUCCAGCGGAACCAUGCGCAACCCAGCGGGAAUCCCCCAGGAGGUGUCCGGCAUGAUGAUGCAAGCCGCGAACGCCGCCAAGGACAACCGCAAGUCUUCCAAUCUGGACCUGGACAACAAGCGCAAGGGCAAGGCACCGCGACCUCCGCAAAACGAGAACGAUCUUGACGGCAGCACGGUCACGAUGGACACCAACCUGAGCAUGGACAUGACUGAUGGAACAGCCAGCCGCAUGCUGAACGGAAGCAUGGACAUUGUGCCGGAGGCGGAGUCCGACGUCAAGAAGUUCAACCUGAGCGAUCGGAUGAACUUUUCGGAUAACUUUGCCGAGGAAGUGCUGAACUGCACCAUCGAAAGCAUCUCCGGAAUCGACAAGUUCGACGACAAGGGACCGAGCAACAGCUCCACGCCCAAGAGUGAACGCAAGAAGUCCUCGCUCACCGAAAGCAUGACACAUGAUGAACAUGACUCCGACACCGAGGACCAGGCAGCACCAUCCCAACCGAUGGGCAACAAGAUCGAGCUCAACUCGAGCGACAUCACCGUGCACCAGAGCUCGCCGUCUCCCGCCGACAGCAGCAGCGAGGACAUGAUGGAGGACAGCAAUCCACGGUCGGCCAGCCUGGGCGAUCUGUCCAAGCUUGAGUCCCACACUUCGAACCCGGGCAGCGCCAGCAACACGCUGGAACGUGCCCAGAGUCUGGAGAUCACCGGUGAAGUGGUGACCGUAGCUGGCGGAGCUAGCGCCGUCGUUGUCGGAGCUGACAGCAAGCGCAAGAUUUCGCAAGUUGAGGGACAGGUGGUGAUUGAGUCGAUGGAAUCGACCGAUGGGUUGAACUCGCUGCAGAGGAACCGGCUGAAGGGAGCUUCCGCGUGGGGUAAUUUGGAGGAUGCGAUCAAUUCCGGGGAGCUGCUGAACAGUUCGUCGGAGAGCGAGCUGAAGCAAUCUACCGAAGAUGUGUCGGAGAUGGUUGUUGUUCAGAAUGGUAUUGAUCACACGGAAGAAGAACCGGUUGGGGAAGUAAUGACCACCGUUGAAGUUACUAUGAAUGGAACAAUUGCUUGCAACAUGGAAUCAGAGGUUGAGGAAGCACCGAGAGAGGAUCACGUUGAGCAGCAGGUUGAGGUUGUGACCGUUGUUGACAAGAUCGCGCCACCGGCGGUGAUCGUCGCGGAGGAACGAAAGGUUGAGAAAGAAAACGAAAGAGAGCACGUCUCGUUGACCACGAUCAACAUGGACUAUAACGGAGUUUACCCUACGGAAGCCGAGCAGAACAAGACAGAUCAUGUGAAGAUCGCAAACUAUGAUACAAACAUCCCGGAUGAUGUUAAGGUAUCCAGGUAUCCAUUUGGUAGUCUGGAGCGCCCCAAGUCGGACGUCUUGAAGAAGUUGCUGGGACAAAAGGAAGAGCUGGAGAACACUCCGUUGGUGUUCAUCUCCGGCGAUGGUGAAACGAACAAGAUCACGAUCGAAAACAACUACCACGACGUUGGCGAGCCCAUCAGCUUGACCCUGGUCAACAGUGCGGAUGCUCAACCGAUCGAGAACGAUCAAACCGAAAGCAGUCAGGCUUCACCCGUUUUCUCAAACACGAAUGGAGUCAGCAGCAUCAACAUCUCCUCGCUGGAGGUUGAUUUGACCAAGUCCCUCAACAACAAACCGUUCACAAUCGCUCCCAAAUUUUCGCUUGACAACAUCGUAACGAUUUCUACCGAAUCUUCCCAACCUUCGUCCAUCAUCAUGAUCGACGACGAGAAGCUAGACUUCAGCCUGCAAACCCUGGACGACUUUGAAGAUAGCAUUGAGAACACAAACGCCCCGGAAACCACGGUCAACUUUGCCUCAGAAUCAAACAAAACCAUCAUCGAGACUGCCCCGAUCGUUUCGGAACAGCCCAAGGUCGAACCCAACAGCUUCGUUACGGAAAUCAAGGUCGCUACACCAGAGCUGGAACAAAACGGCAAACCAGAAGAGCCUCCCAAGCUGACCAAGAAACCUCCGAAGCCAGAGAAACCAACCACUCCUCCGUCCCGAAUCCCCGUCGAGCGACGAAUGUCCAGCGAGCACAGCUUCAUCCCGCGCAACACGGAGAUCAAAUUCACCACGGCCACGUACGACGCAGGUAGAAGUGCGGAGAAGCGCCCGCUUGGAAUCGAUCAGAUCCGAUCGAACUUUGAACGCAGCAACUCGAAGCCUUCGUUCGAGCGAAGCAACUCCAAGCCAGACGUGCGCCCCUACGAGCGAAGCAACUCCAAGACCGACGUCCGCUCGGUAGAGCGUCGCAACUCCCAAACCGAUGUGCGUCCCUUCGAGCGAACCAACUCCAAACCCGAUGUCCGCCCCUACGAGCGAAGCAACUCCAAGACCGACGUGCGAUCCGUGCUCGAGCGCAGCAACUCCAAGACAGAAAUCCCCGUCCGUACGGUAGAACGCCGCAACUCGCACAACGAAGUCCGACCCUUCGAGCGCAGCAACUCCAAGCCUGAUGUGCGUCCGUUCGAGCGCAGCAACUCCAAGACCGACGUACGCUCCGUGCUGGAACGCAGCAACUCCAAAACCGAGAUCCCCGUCCUGAUCCGGCGAACGUCCAUCCCGUCGAUCAACCUGAACACCUCGAACGGAUCGAUCAACUCGAGCCCGCAGGCAGCGACAAUGACGAACGGCAACGGAACCAAGGCGAGUCCGUCCCGCAUCCCAGUGUUCAACUCGGUCAGCAAGCUGAACGGAAGUCACGACGCCAGUCCCCGGCCACCACCGCACAACAAUAACAAUAACAACAACAACAGCAUCAACAACAAUCACAUUAGCAAUAAGGUUUCCGUGAGCAUUACCUCGAUCAAGAACCAGUCGAAGCAUCCGAGCGGCAAGUUUAACGGGAAUUGAGUGGCUUAGCUUGUAAGCUGGAUGAUUUUGUAGACCUUUUGACGGUGUGCUUGGUUUGACAGUUGCCGCUUUUGACAUUACGUUACCUUGUUGUUGAUUCACAUUGACUCGUUUUGAGCGGUGUUUGUCAGAGGAAGCACCCCGUGAAAAAGGUCAAUAGGUUAGACUCUACUCUAAUGGUGCAAUGCGAGUGAAUGCGGUGGACGCGAAGUUGAUAUGAAUCUAAUUCAAUGUAAUAAAAAGAGAUUGUCGGUUCGAACGCCCGCUUCGAAUCGACCGUAUCUGUAUUCUAUAGACGUAACUGUAACUGUAUAUUAACCAAGAAAUAAUGCUGUAACCGAAACGCUACAAGGAAAACCAGAACACAGUGGAAAUAUUUGGCCAUAUUUACUUCUUAUUCAUUUUUUAAAUGUAAUUUGUAUAAAAAAAGAGAACAACAAUAAUUCUAAAACCGCAAUGCGCCAUCCCACGCGAGCGUAUCUAGUUGUGUAAGCUAAGAACCCCCGUAGUCGUUAAGUUUCUUUACUUUGGAUUAAUCAAACUGUUAAUUAUUUUUGUUAGCGCGGCGUGCAGGCCGCGGAACGAUGUUCUGUACGGAAACAUUACACGAACCUCCUCUCGGGCGUACUCGACGACGCAGCGAAGAGAGGUAACUUGGUGGACCAGGUUACGAUUACCUUUUAGGGCGGCGAAAUAUUUCAAUAACCCAGAAACACAGAGCAAUGUUUGUAGACAUAGAUGUAUUCUAUAUAUAUUUUUUAAACAAUUAGUAAUAAACCAGUUAAAACCUAAAA